AAACUCUCAAACCUACUUUCUACUCCCCUUAGAUUUUCCAUCUCUUGCCCACCAAACAAGCUCUUGACCACUUCAAUAAUGGAGGACCAGAUAGAGGAGGGAAAAUCAGAUCAAAGAACAUUGAAUCACCAGCUCAACAAUGCUUCUUCUUCUACUACUACUACUAUUUUAAAGAGAAGAAAGGGUGGCCUCAUUACUAUGCCAUUCAUUAUUGCAAAUGAGGCAUUUGAGAAGGUGGCAAGUUAUGGGUUACUGCCAAACAUGAUCCUCUACUUCAUCGGAGAUUAUCAUUUCAGUGUUGCCAAAGGCACCAAUAUUCUCUUCUUCUGGACUGCCACCACAAAUUUCAUGCCUAUUUUGGGAGCUUUUCUCUCUGAUUCUUAUCUGGGUCGCUUCCUCACCAUCGGUUUAGGAUCCAUCAUCAGCCUCCUGGGAAUGACACUCUUAUGGUUAACAGCAAUGAUUCCAAAAGUAAAGCCUCCUCCAUGCAAUAUAUUAUCGGGUGAAAUUUGUCAAUCUCCAACAUUUUCUCAAAUGACUUUGUUAAUCUCCUCAUUCAUCCUCAUGUCCAUUGGAGCAGGGGGCAUUCGACCCUGUUCCAUAGCAUUUGGAGCUGACCAAUUGGACAGAAGAGAUAAUCCCAGAAAUGAGAGGGUCAUAGAGAGCUUUUUUGGUUGGUACUAUGCAUCAGCUGCCGUUUCUGUGGUGAUUGCUUUAACAGUUAUUGUUUAUAUUCAAGAUCAUCUUGGAUGGAGAAUGGGAUUCGGAGUUCCUGCAAUCCUUAUGUUUUUGUCGGCUUUUUUGUUUUUCCUCGCUUCGCCCAUCUAUGUCAAAAUGAAAGCAAGCACAAGUUUGUUUACUGGCUUCUUACAAGUGGCUGUUGUUGCUUAUAAGAAUAGAAAACUCCCAUUUCCUCCUCCCAACGUUACUAUGUGUUACCAUCGCAAGAAAGGUUCUGAGAUUCUUAUGCCAACGAAGAAAUUAAGGUUUCUAAAUAAAGCUUGCAUCAUUAGAAAUAUUGAGCAAGACAUAGCUCCGGAUGGAUCAGCAUCAAAUCCAUGGCGUCUUUGCACAAUAGAGCAGGUAGAAGAGCUCAAAGCACUCUUAAAGGUUAUACCAUUGUGGUCAACAGGGAUGAUGAUGUCGAUAAACAUUAGCCAAACCUCAUUCCCGGUGCUUCAGGCAAGUUCUAUGGACCGACAUAUCACUUCAAGCUUCCAAAUACCUGCAGGCUCUUUCGGAACAUUCACAGUCAUUGCUCUAGCAGUAUGGGUAGUCCUCUAUGAUCGUGCAGUUCUUCCCUUGGCAUCAAAGAUCAAAGGCAAACCAGUACGAAUUGGUGUUAAGCUAAGGAUGGGGAUUGGAAUAUUCCUCUCUUGCUUGGCCAUGGUUGUUUCAGGAAUCAUCGAAAAUUCCAGACGAAGAAAAGCGAUUCGGGAAGGGUAUUUGAACAAUCCUCAUGCAGUCGUGGAUAUGUCGGCAAUGUGGCUUAUCCCACAACAUAUCUUGAAUGGCCUAGCUGAAGCUUUUAACGCAAUCGGGCAGACUGAAUUUUACUACUCUGAAUUCCCCAAGAGUAUGUCAAGUAUAGCUUCUGCUCUAUUUGGUCUAGGAAUGGCUGUGGCAAACUUGCUGGCAAGUCUUAUAGUAAGCAAUGUGGACAACCUUACUAAAAAAGGCGGCAAAGAGAGCUGGGUUUCAAGUAACAUUAACAAGGGUCACUAUGACAAGUACUAUUGGCUUCUGGCAAUUCUGAGUCUCAUCAAUAUGAUAUACUUUCUAGUGUGCAGUUGGGCUUAUGGACCUUGCCUUGAGCGUAUAGCAAGUUCUAAUGUCGAAGAGACUGGCAUAGCGAAAGAAGAAGAGUUAUCUGAUCUAGGGGUGCCAGUCGGCAUAGAAAGCAAUGGCUUGAACUUCAAGGAAGAAGGUCUGUCUUAAGUCCAGAGAAUUAUCUGCUUGAUUUGUGUUUAACCUGGAACCAUUUGUCAUAGUGAAUGUAAAUCUAUAUGUAACUGGGUAAAAGUAAUUAGAAUUAUAGUUAUUGAAUCUUUUUUUUUUUUAAAUAAUAUAAUCGGUGUUUUUGUAUCA